GCUCGAGGCUACAGCAGAAACGAUAUGAACUCUUACCGGCCGGAUGUUGAGUUUGAGCCGCUCGUUCGCAACGACGAGCUCCUCGAGGGGCUGUACAGCAUCGAAGUCAAGGGCAUGCCGUCAUGGGUGGAGGACGCCAUCGAUGAGAUGCAUGAUGCACUCGAGGCUGUGUACACUACCCGCCAGAACUUGCGCAACGAAGAGUCCCGAAAGAAGCUUGCAGCCAUGAUGUCGUUCUCAGCAGAGCGCGAGCAGCAGCUGCACAACGAGUCGCUCGGCGAGGGCCAGGUUCUCUCGUUUGAUGACGACGAGUAAGAGGCGCGCGAGAGAGAUUAAAGUGCAAUCCGCUGCA